AUGAAGGUGGUACUGAGCCUCCUGCUCCCCUGCCUGCUGGCAGAGCUGUGGCUGGUGCUCAGCCUGGCUGCUGGCCCUCAGCGCCCGGAGGCCCAGGCAGGGCUGGAGACGCUACAAACCUACGCCACCCAGAAACAGACCGGUGAGGGCAUGCGGGCUUCUUGGAACCAGACCGGUGAGGGCGUGCGGGCUUCUUGGAACCAGACCGGUGAGGGCGUGCGGGCUUCUUGGAACCAGACCGGUGAGGGAGUGCGGGCUUCCUGGAAUCAGACCAGCCAAGGGGCACCAGCUUCCUGGAACCAGACCAGCCAGGCUUCCCAGGAGGAGGAGGAAGAGUCCUGGCUGGCAGCCAGCAGGACGCUCUCCGCCGGGAUCACCGAUUUGGGGUUCAGCCUGUUGCGCCAGAUCUCCAUGAAGCAUGACAACAACGUGGUCUUCUCCCCUCUGGGUCUGGCCUCAGCCUUGGCGACCUUGACACUGGGGGCCGAAGGACAUACCAGAACCCAGCUGGAGAGUGGACUGGGCCUGCAGGCCGCCCACCAGCACGGAAGCCUGCCUGCCCUCUUCAAGAGGCUCAAAGACAGACUCUCCCACAACCUGGAGCUGGGCCUCACCCAGGGGAGCUUUGCCUUCAUCCACAAGGAUUUUGAUGUCAAAGAGACCUUCCUCAAUCUCUCCAAGAGGUAUUUCGAUACACACUGUGUGCCUAUGAAUUUUCGCAAUGCCUCCCUGGCCAAAGGGCUCAUGAAUCAGUACAUUCACAAAGAGACGCGGGGGAAAAUUCCCAAGCUCUUUGAUGAGAUUAACCCUGACACCAAAUUAAUGCUCGUGGAUUACAUCUUGUUCCAAGGGAAAUGGCUGACCCCGUUUGACCCCACCUCCACGGAAGAGGAUACUUUCUACCUGGACAAGUAUGAGGAAGUCAAGGUGCCCAUGAUGUACAGAGCAGGCAAGUUCGCCUCCACCUUCGAUAAGAACUUCCGGUGCCAUGUCCUCAAGCUGCCCUACCGAGGCCACGCCACCAUGCUGGUGGUCCUCAUGGAGAAGAAGGGCGACCACCUGGCCCUGGAAGACUACCUGAGCUCAGACCUGCUGGACACAUGGCUCGGAGACAUGGACACCAGGAGAAUGGAAGUUUUCUUCCCCAAGUUCAAGUUAGAUCAGAAGUUUGAGAUGCACAAACUGCUUAAGCAGAUGGGAAUCAGGAGAAUCUUCUCGCCCUGGGCUGAGCUGAGUGAGCUCUCAGCUGCUCCCGGAGAUCUCAAAGUAUCCACAGUUCUACAGCGAGCUGUGAUUGAGGUGGAUGAAAGAGGGACUGAGGCAGCAGCGGGGACCCUGUCAGAAAUGAUUGCUUAUUCCAUGCCUCCCAUCAUCAAAGUGGACCGGCCAUUCCAUUUCAUGAUCUAUGAUGAAACUUCUAGAAUGCUUCUAUUUCUGGGCAGAGUGGUGAACCCUACUCUCCCGUGA